ACCCGCCGACAGUCACUGUUUCUAGAAGUACCCGGCAAACAUGUUGCAAACCGCGUUGCAACUCCUAGCGAGCUACUACCUCCUCCAAGGAGCGGACAAUUUUCAGAACCUGGGAGCGUCGGAUCUUCCGACCAUACCGGACACCUGGUUCGGACCUGGAGAAGCUAGGGCGGACAAUGAAAGCAUCGUCCCGUUCGAGGUGGACAUUUCCUCCGAUAUACUGGCAGAUUUACAAAAUCGCUUACUCAACGCCGUCCCUCUCCAACCGCCUCUCGAAGGAGCCAAGCAGUGGUACGGACUCAACACCAACGUUCUGCAGGAUGUGGUGGACUACUGGAGUACGCAGUAUAAUUUUUCGAGCCGUCAAGAGUUCUUCAACCAGUACCCACACUACAAGACCGAAAUCCAGGGCCUCAACAUCCAUUUUGUACAUGUUAAGCCCGUGAAUCCAGACGGCUUGAAAGUAUUGCCCAUCUUGUUAGCCCAUGGGUGGCCCGGAUCUUUCGUCGAAUUUUACGAGAUCAUCCCGAUAUUGACUACGCCGCAAGAAGGAAGAGAUUUCGUUUUCGAAGUAAUCGUACCGUCACUGCCCGGAUUCGUAUUCUCCGACGGAGCCGUUCGCCCAGGACUCGGGAUACCUCAGGUGGCCCAGAUUUUCAAAAAACUGAUGGAAAGGAUCGGUUUCGAAAAAUUCUACUUGCAAGGAGGAGACGUGGGUUCCCAAGUAGUACAAAACUUGGCCACGUUGUUCCCGGACAGCGUCAUAGGAGUUCAUUCGAACUUGUUCCUGCCCACUACGCCACUCGCGAUAAUCAAGCUCGGAGUCGGAGCUAUUUUCCCGCAUCUGCUGCUGAGCGACCUAGAAAUUCAGUACAACUACCCUCUGUCCAAAACGCUUCUUAGUCUGCUGGGAGAGACUGGUUUCAUGCACAUUCAAUUCACCAAACCGGAUACCAUCGGUGCUGCUUUGAGAGACACUCCGGUGGGCCUGGCCGCCUAUUUUCUGGAGAAAUUUUCCACCGCCACCAACAAAAACUACAGGGAUCUAGAUGACGCAGGUUUGACGGAAAAGUUCACCUACGAUCAGCUGCUCGACGAUAUCACCCUUCAUUGGGUCACUAGAUCCGAAACGACGGCGUUCAGGAUAUAUAAAGAACUCCUCAGCUCCGACGAUCUUGCUCUGAAUCUGGCAGGAAUUCCGACCGAUGUGCCAGCCGGAGUGAGCCGUUUCCCCUACGAACUGACCUAUCCGCCAAAGACGAUUCUAAAAGAUAAAUUCCGCAACUUGGUUUACCUCAAAGACCAUGAAGACGGAGGUCAUUUCGCAGCACUCGAAGUACCGGAAGUAUUCGCCACCGACUUGUACGAAUUUGCGGAAGCCGUGGAGGCAUUUUAAUAGCAGAUUUGGAUAAUAUAAAUGUGCAAUGUUAAAGUUUUUUUGUGUUGCUCC